GCUCGAAAAGAUACGAGCCUGUAAAUGAACCAUGGCUAACUUAAAUUUUCAUACGAUUUGAAUAUGUAUUAAACAACAUUACGUAGUCAUGUACGUUGUGGUAUAAUGGUCUCGAUUACCCUCAAGAAAGUAAAUUAGUUACGUUUCAAAGUGUGCAAAUACUUUGUAAUUUGUAUGGGCUAUUAAUUUAGUCACUUUGACUUGAGUUUUGGUCGGGACGCGUUAUCCGUUGAUAGAUUUCGGGAAAAUCUUUGCCAACCUGCUCACGUCCAAAUAUGUGAUGGCUAAAUGCAUUACGUAAAUAAUUAAAAUGUAUACUUUACAUACCUAUAAAUAAUAUCGACUGAACAUACAAUUAUGACAAGAAAUUUUCUUGCCUCACCUAUAAAUGAGUUAAUUAUUAAUUUUGUAAUACUACUUUCGAUAACUAUAUAUAUGAUUAAUUCUCUUUUAUAUGUCAAUGAAAUUUUAAUCUUUAGGACCAGAAAACAUAAGUUAAUUUUCUUGCCUCACCUAUAAACUAAGUUAGUUAUUAAUUUUGAAACACUACUUUCGAUAACUAUGCUUAUUUCUCUUUUAUAUCUACUUUUUUGCAUAUACCCAUAUCAACAGUGGUGGAACUAGCAACGUGCCCAAUUAUAUGUAAACUAAUAAACACAAGUUUAUAAGUAAUUAACAAACUUGAGGAGAACCCACUCGGUGUCACCGUACUAACCAUUCAACGUAAUGCAUGUCUAGGGAUUCAAUUAUUUCUCGUUCUUAGAACUUUGACUGGUGAAACAUAUCGAGACUAGUCUAACUUCUGUAUAUCGUCAAGGUUGCUCCACGCCCACCGUGUGUGAUGAGCCGAGAUCAAAGCCGUGACGUUCUCUCCAAUACACGGGUUUAAACCUAUAAUUAAGUUUUUUUAAAGAAUUAAUGUAUAACUAAUCUGUGGGCUGUAGUAAAAUGUAGAAGAAUGUUGGUGGACUCGUUGCUUACGUGGGAAUAUGUGCUUUAAUAUGAGUGAGUUUGUGAGUUGUAUAAAGUAGCAACAGUGAGAUAAUAUCUGAACACAAGAUUACAAAGAACAGUUUAAAAGUUUUCUUUUUAAAAGUUGAAAUCCUCUCGUUUAAAUAGUCAAACUUGGAACUUGAACAACAUCAAAUUCACCAAUCUUAGCCCAACUUGUCUAAAACUCUCUCCCACUCUAUAAUAACCAAUAGCAAUUCACCAGUGACUUAAUACAUAUAUACAUUCAAUCUCUUUGUUACAGAAGAUCAUAAAAAAAACAUGAAGUUCUUAGGAUGGAUGCUGAACAAGCAAAAUGCAAAACAUGGGGAUUAUAAUAGAACAAGCACUUCCUCUGCUUCUUCUCAUCAUGUGAAGCAAGAGUCAAGAGAGGAGUUUAGCGACUGGCCUCACGCUUUGCUUGCUAUUGGAACGUUUGGUUCAACAAGCACUGGUGUGAGCCAAAAAGAGAGCAACAAUGUUCAUGAAGAGAUCGAAGAAGAGAAGAAGUCUAUCUCGCAUUCCGAGCCAGAAGAAGAGCCUUCUUCAUCUGCUGAUAUUGAUGAUUUUACUCCAGAGGAGGCCAAGAAGUUGCAAAAGGAGUUGAUGAAGAUUUUAUCAAGAACUAAGAAAAGGAAGUCUGAUGUGAAUAGAGAGCUCAUGAAAAAUCUUCCUUUGGAUAGAUUCUUGAACUGUCCGUCGAGUUUAAAUGUGGAGAGGCGAAUCAGCAAUGCACUCUGUGCUGUUGUGGAUUCAUCUGAAGAGAGUGAUGAUAUGGAGCGAACAAUUAACGUUAUUCUAGGUAGAUGCAAAGAGAUAUCUAUAGAGAGUAAGAAGAACAAGAAGAAGACAGACAUAAGCAAGACGUCUGUCUCAUAUCUUUUCAAGAAGAUCUUUGUAUGUGCGGAUGGGUUUUCUACACCCCCGAACCCUAGCUUGAGAGACACGCUUCAAGAAUCAAGAAUGGAGAAGUUGUUGAAGAUGAUGCUACAUAAGAAGAUUAAUGUUCAAUCCUCGUCGAAACCAGCAACAUCAACAACACAGAGAUGCUUGCAAGGCAAGAAACAGCUCUCUUUGAAGAGUGAAGAAAAAGAAGAAGAAACCAACGAAAGAAGAAGUAGUAGCGAUGGACAUAAAUGGGUCAAAACAGAUUCUGACUUCAUAGUUCUUGAGAUCUGAUCAAACAUUCGUUUUUGAAGCCUUUGCAAGAAUCUAUUCAGCGUACAGAUUCAAACUCGUAAAGGAAAUAACGAAAUGAGUCUCUUAUUUUGGAGGAUUUUUUUUGAUGCAUCUGCACGUGUUUGUAUGUAUACCUUGUUUUUUUUUGCAUGAUUUGAUAUGUGGGCAUUUGGGCCCAUAGAGGCAAACAUGUUCUUGAAACAUACAUACAUGUGUCUAUUUAUGUGAUCAUUUGUGUAAUGUUAAGGUGGACAACCUUAAGUUUUAAAGGUGAAUAUUUCUUCUUCAAUGCUACAUUCUUUGUGCGUUUGGUUAAGUUAUUUGUAAGAGAAGCCAAAUCUUGAACUGAAUAAUACUCCUAGUUUCUC